AUGAGCACACAAACCCGGACGGAGUCAUUAGUCCUUCAGACACGAGCUCCGUCCGAACCGGCCUCCGAGGAGCCUGUCGCGUUCCAAGAAUCAAGGACAGACACCUGCAACCAACCAAAAUGGCUAUACCCCAAGAUCCUCAGCACCGGCGUCUCAUUCUUCGUCGCCGGCAUCAACGACGGCAGUCUGGGCUCUCUUAUUCCUUACGUGAUACGCACCUACGGCAUCGGAACAAACAUGGUCGCAGUACUGUACGGGACCACUUUCUUUGGUUGGUUCUUCGCAGCUCUGUCCAACAGCUCGAUAUGCCUUCACUUUGACCUAGGUGCCAUCUUGUCGCUAGGCGCCACAGUCCAGAUUCUAGCCCAUGUCCUACGCGCCUGGCUCCCGCCUUUCCCGCUAUAUGCGGUCACCUUCUUCCUCGCCAGCCUAAGACAAGCAUACAACGACACACACGCGAAUACGUUUGUCUCGUCACUACGAGGCUCCCACCGCUGGCUCGGUUUCAUCCACGCAAUGUACAUGGCAGGCUGUCUUGUCGGACCAUUUGUUGCCACGGGAGUGGCUUCGGCAAACGCGGACUCGAAAUGGAAUCUCUUUUACCUGUUCCCGUUGGGUAUAGGUGUGGUUAAUCUGGCGCUAGUGGGGCUAUCAUUCCACGAUCGAAUGGCUCUUUCGAUGAGGCGGCAACAAUCUGCAAGCAUCGGGAGUCAAUCCGAAUCGACGGGCAAAACAGCGCUCAAGGAGAUCAAAGCCACACUCUCCACACCAGGAUCUAUUCUUUUUUUCUUCCUUGGCGCUACUAUCACUGCCGGUGGCUGGAUGGUCGAGUACCUGGUCAAGGUGCGCAAUGGGGAUAUCAAGGAUAUGGGAUACGUACCGGCUGGUUUCUACGGCGGUGCAUUCCUAGGUCGACUGGUACUUGCGGAGCCGACGCAUCGGCUUGGUGAGCGACGGAUGGUAUUUAUAUACGCCGUUCUCUGUGUAGGGUUGCAGUUGGUAUUUUGGCUGGUGCCGAAUAUUAUCACGGAGGCCGUGGCUGUCAGUUUGCUAGGUUUCUUUUCGGGCCCAUUCUUUGCGACGGGCAUCUCAGUCGGAUCAAAGAUCUUCUCUCCGGAAAUCUGCUCCUCGGCAAUAGCAUUCGUGUUCGUCCUAGGCCAAAUCGGCGGCUCCAUCUUCCCAGCCAUAACCGGAAUAAUAGCGACCCAGGUCGGCGUGAAAGUGCUCCAGCCGAUGCUAGUUGGACUCCUCAGCGCCGCCGGCGUAAGCUGGCUAUUCCUCCCCACAGCCACACUCCACCGGGACUAG